AACUAAGUUCACUAAACUUGUGAUUGGCUUUACUUUGGCUUGACUGUAUAUUUAUUGAUUUCAUUAUUUCAUACAUCAGACUUAGUUUCUCACGGAAUUCUAAAAGAUGGCAGCACAAUAGUUGCAAAACAAAAGUGACAGCAAGAUUCCUGUCUUGUUCUCAGCUGAUCUUGAUUUGACAUUGAGAUUACUGAAACAGACUGGUCACUACUGGCGUAACAGACAGUGUGAGUGUGAGUCUGCUGUGAUCCAUAACCGAACCACCGAACGUGAGAUUAUUAAAGUAAUAACUAAAAAAUAGUCACGUUUGACACAAGUAUUUAUAGAUUUUUAACAAGUAACAAUGUCCGCAAUACAAAUACAGUCUUUGAGUCAAGAGGACAUUAGGAAAUUAAUUAAUUCAUUUGAUACUGUAUUAACCGAUUGUGACGUUUUGCAGAUCUUUCUUUUAGGGGUACUAUGGAUGCACAUGACACCAUUGCCGUAUUCGUCGGAUGUUAUAAAUCUGCUUCGCAAGCUCGGGAAACAAGUUUUCUACGUGACUAACAAUAGCACAAAGACUCGUGAAGAGUUGGCGGAAAAAUGCAAAGCCUUGAAGUUUGAGGCAACUAAGGAUGAUAUAUUGUGCACUUCUAAUUUGUCAGCUCGUUACCUUCAAAGUCUAGGUUUUAACAAGAAAGUUUAUAUUAUUGGUACAGAAGCGAUUGGGAAGGAAUUGGAGCAAGUUAAUAUUUCACAUUGUGGAAUAGGACCAGAUGUGAUUGAGCAAACCAACCCGUAUUCUGUUUUUGACAAGGAUCCUGAAAUAGGCGCGGUUAUAGUCGGUUUUGAUGAACAUUUUAGCUAUCCUAAGAUGACAAAAGCAGCUACAUAUUUAUAUGAUCCCAAUGUACAUUUUAUCGGCACCAAUAUGGAUGAACGAUUUCCUGUUUCAGACAAUGUCGUUAUACCUGGUACAGGAAGUCUAGUCAGGUGCAUAGAAAGCUGUUCAGAGAGAAAAGCUGUUGUUAUGGGAAAACCGGAUGAAUAUAUGGCUAAAAUGUUGAUGAAUCAAUCAAAUAUUGAUCCGAAACGCACGCUAAUGAUCGGUGAUCGAUGUAACACCGAUAUACUCUUCGGCUCUCGUUGGGGUUUCACGACUCUGUUAGUUUUGACGGGAGUAACUAGUCAGUCAGAUCUUGAAAAAUUGAAACAAUCUGAUCGUCAAGAAGAGCGCGAUCUUAUUCCAGAUUAUUAUAUAAAUUCGCUCGGUGAUUUAUUACCAUAUUUAAAAGAAAUAGAAACUGAAAUGUUAUAAUUUUAUGAAAUUUAAUUAUACAAAGAAAGAAAGUAUACUUGCGCCACAAAGUCAUUUAUAAUUUAAGACAAGGUGAUAAUACAUACUUUUCUAGAGCAUGCUAAUAAAAAAAAAAAAAGAGAAACAACCUAAAUAGAGGCUUUACCUAAUAUGCACACGUGAAUGUAUAUGCGUGUCCGUAUAGACAAUUAAUACGAUAAUAUUCUGUAAACAUAUUCUGGAAAGUCGCAUCAAUAUAAUUAUAUGUAUUAUUAUUACGUAAUUUAUAUGUAAUCUUUCGUACUCUUGCUGUUCUCCCUUGUAUAAAGUGUAAGAAGUGUAAUUUGUAUUGAGUCGAAGAUACGUAUUGUAAUUUUACUGCACUUUGUAUUCUAAAGUCUUUCUAUUUUGAGAAAGAAGAAGCGAUAUACUAUAUCAGUCAAUAAAAAUAGACGGAAAAUGUCUGGAUGUAGGCAAGAGACACACACAAGUAAA